AUGAGGUCUAUCCACCAACAAAGCCCCUGUACAAGGGAGGAGCAAGCUGGGUUGCGGCAGGCUGGUGUUAGGCAGCCUCCACCUCUAAUCCCGUUGGGCCUCUCACUGGGUAAGCGGUUGGGACGUAUCCCCACUGCAUCAGAAGUCACAUGUACUACAGUGUCCCAACAUAACAGUGUUAGGUCAUCAUAUGAAGAAGGGUCAGAAAAGUCUGCAGCUAUAAUUGGGUCUCCCCACAAGAAAAGGGAGGUGCAAGCAGAGCUGCGGCAUGCUACUGUUAAGCAGCCUCCACCUCUAAUCCCAUUGGGCCUCUCACUGGGUAGGCGGUUGGGACCUGUCCCCACUGCAUCAGAAGACACGUCUACUAAAGUGUCCCUACAUAACACAGCCAGUUGGUCAUAUGAAGAAGGGUCAGAAAAGUCUCCAGCUAUAAUUGGGUCUCCCCACCAGAAAAGCUCCUGUACAGGGGAGGAGCAAGCAGGGCUGUGGCCAGCUGGUGUUAGGCAACCUGUAACCUCAUCCCAGUUGGCCCCCUCACUGCCUCCACAGCGAGGGCCUCCCCCCAUCCAGCGGAAAGCUAUGUAUACGGUAUCACCUGUGUGCAACAGCAGCAGGACAUCACAUGAUGGUGGCUCAACAGAGGGUGCAGCUACAAUUGAUUCUACUGACGACCACGGAUCAAGUACAGAGGAGGAGCAAGCAGGGCUGUGGCCCACUGGUGUUAGGCAACCUGUACCCUCACUGCCUCCACAGCUAGGGCGGCGCCCCAUCCCGCGGAAAGUCAUGUAUAUGGCACCAGCUGUGUGCAACAGUGAAACAGAGGGUGCAGCUAGAAUUGGUUCUACCCAUAAGUAUGGAUCUAGUACAGGGGAGGAGCAAGCAGGGCUGUGCCCAGCUGGUGUUAGGCAAUCUGUACCCCCAUCCAAGUUGGCCCCCUCACUACCUCCACAGCUAGGGCAGUGCCCCAUCCCACGGAAAGUCAUGUAUACAGUAUCAUCUGUGUGCAACAGUACAACAGAGGGUGCAGCUACAAUUGAUUCUACCGACAACCACAGAUCAAGUACAGGGGAGGAGCAAGUAGGACUGUGGCCAGCUGGUGUUCGGCAACCUGUACCCCCAUCCAAGUUGGUCCCCUCACUUCCUCCACAGCUAGGGCAGUGCCCUAUCCCACAGAAAGUCAUGUAUACGGUAUCACCUGUGUGCAACAGCACAACAGGGGGUGCAGCUACAAUUGGUUCUGCCCACGAGCAUGGAUCUGGUACAGGGGAGGAGCAAGUAGGGCUGUGGCCAGCUGGUGUUAGGCAACCUGUACCCCCAUCCAGGUUGGCCCCCUCACUGCCUCCACAGCUAGGGCAGUGCCCUAUCCCACGGAAAGUCAUGUAUACGGUAUCACCUGUGUGCAACAGCGCAACAGAGGGUGCAGCUACAAUUGGUUCUGCCCAUGAGCAUGGAUCCAGUACAGGCGAGGAGCAAGCAGGGCUGUGGCCCACUGGUGUUAGGCAACCUGUACCCUCACUGCCUCCACAGCUAGGGCGGCGCCCCAUCCCGCGGAAAGUCAUGUAUAUGGCAUCAGCUGUGUGCAACAGCGAAACAGAGGGUGCAGCUAGAAUUGGUUCUACCCAUAAGCAUGGAUCUAGUACAGCGGAGGAGCAAGCAGGGCUGUGCCCAGCUUGUGUUAGGCAAUCUGUACCCCCAUCCAAGUUGGCCCCCUCACUACCUCCACAGCUAGGGCGGUGUCCCAUCCCACGGAAAGUCAUGUAUACAGUAUCAUCUGUGUGCAACAGUGCAACAGAGGGUGCAGCUACAAUUGAUUCUACCGACAACCACAGAUCAAGUACAGGGGAGGAGCAAGCAGGGUUGUGGCCAGCUGGUGUUAGGCAACCUGUACCCUCAUCCCAGUUGGCCCCCUCACUGCCUCCACAGCGAGGGCCUCUCCCCAACCUGCGGAAAGCUAUGUGUACGGUAUCAAGUGUGUGCAAGAGUAGCAGGGCAUCACGUGAUGGUGGCUCAGCAGAGGGUGCAGCUACAAUUGGUUCUACCCACGAGCAUGGAUCCAGUACAGGGGAGGAGCAAGCAGGGCCUUGGGUAGCUGGUGUUAGGCAACCUAUACCCCCAUUCCAGGUGGCCCCCUCAUUGCCUCCACAGCUAGGGCCUCUCCCCAUCCCACGGAAAGCCAUGUAUAAGCUAUCACCUGUGUGCAAGAGCAGCAGUACAUCACAUGAUGGCGGCUCAAUAGAGGGUGCAGCUACAAUUAGUUCUACUCAUGAGUAUGGAUCCAGUGCAGGAGACAAGCAGGCAGAAGUAAGCAGUGCCCAGCAGCCUUCAGUCACUCUUAGCAUCCUGCGGAGAUCUGAGGAAGAGUUGCUACAAUGGCCUCUCCCGACACCACAGGAUGUUGAGUACUACAUUGGUCUUCCAUUAUAUGCUAGUAGUAGUAGCUCACUGGGAGUUGCUACUGCAAUACAUACAGAUGCAGAUACAUCAGAGGAAUCCCCAACUGGAAGAGGUGUUACGGGAGCCAGCCAGCCAGCCAGCCAGCCAGCCAGCCCGUCCGCCCAGCAGCAGCAGCAGCAGCAGCAGCAGAAGCAGUGGUCCCCGGGUCCCGGCCUGCAGCAGCAGCCAGCCAGCCAGCCAGCCAGCCAGCCAGCCAGCCAGCCAGCCAGUCCUCCUCCUGUGGCAGCAGCAGCAGCAGCAGCAGUGAUGGGAAAUUUUCUUGCAAAAAACACAUCUCAUUUUCAUUACAAUCUGAAGAUGAGUCAUUUUGUAAUGCUUCAUAAGAUGCUGUCGAAGGAGCUGACGUGGAAAAAUGUUUAG